CCAUCCUGUCUCACCUGAAGAACCAAUGCCUAGAGAAUGAUAGGAAAGAAGCCAAGCAAAGGUACACAGAGAAUCUACAGGCUUAUACAGUGAACCUCCUUGGCAGACCAUUGGAGAAAUUACAUGUGAGUAGGAUAUUGUAUCACUGAUGUUGUUCUUAAGGGAUUUAUCAUCCAAAAUGUGUUUAGUUUUACAAAAACAUCUUUCUUCAAAUAGCUCUUCAAGUGAAGGAUGUUUAGUUUGUGUUAUGUUCCUAGCUUUCUUGAUGAGUCGGUUUAUGCGGUGUUUAAUAUCAGACGUUGAAUUCCGACACCAGCAGGUAAUACUGAAGUUUAUACAACUUCCUUCUAUAGUGAUAGGUUCACAAUGUGAGUGAUGUGUGGGAAAUGGAAAUGGAAAAAAAAAAAAGAUAGGGUUGGGGGAGUGAGCUUGGUGAAUCCUGAAUAGACAGUCCCAAUUAAUUAUUAAUAUGUUUCUUACUUUGCAGAUAUUCUUUGAAGGUGUUGAGGCACGUAUCUCUGCCGGUGUCAAACCAGAAGAGGUGGGCUAUCAGUUGGCCUUCAGUAAACAGGAGCUGAGGAAGGUCAUCAAGGAAUACCCUGGGAAAGAGGUACAAGUAAUGUCUGUGUGGUCCAUCAGUGGGUAAUAGUAAUGUCUGUGUGGUCAGUCGGGGGGGGGAUAACAGUAAUGUCUGUGUGGUCAGUCAGUACUUACUUACUUAUGCCUUUCUACCCGUCUGGGGCAUAAGCCGUCUACAAGAAUUCUCCACUCAUCAUGGUCCUGUGCUUUCCUUUCCCAUUGCUUCAAGGUGUAUCCCAUACUUUGUGUCUGCCUCUAGCUCGCGUCUCCAUGUAUUCCUAGGCCUUCCCCUCUUUCUUUUUUCCUGUUGGUUCCAUGUUAGGCAUUGUCUGGUGGUGCUAUCUGGGGGUUUUUGGAGCGUAUGCUCUAUCCACCUCCAUCUUUUCUUUAUGAUAUCUUCAUCAAUGGUCAGUCAGUGGGUAGCAGUCAUGUCUGAGUGGUCAGUCAUGUUACAUGGUAGAACUGUUUUGUUUAUAUACCCCACUCACCUAGGCUUUUCAGCAUACCACCUUCCAGGAAGGUUGGCAAGUUGUUUGGCCUACAUUUAAGCCAAGCAAAAUGAUUCGGUAUCAGUACUGGUUGUAUUCCCCUAUAUUUAGAGAGAGACCCUUAGUUUCAAGAGGAGCAUAUUGAUAUGUGACUGGCUUUCCAUGGCAUUUGCUAAGUACUAGAUAGGGCCAUCACAUAGUAAGCAGCCAUAACAAUUCAAUGAACUUAGACUAGUUAUAGUAAUCUUUACAUUACUGUGAGAAUUGGAUAUUGUUAGUGUUAGACCUCUAUUCAUUUCUUUAUAUGUAGAUUUUAUGUAUUUUUGUUCAUAUUAUAUUCCAUGUAAUAAAGUACAUUUAUAUAGAGCACUGAUUGUCUUCAGUUUAGCCAAUAGUGUGUCUAAACUCUACCUGUGUUAGCCCCUUUUCCAAUUCCCCAGGCCAUGAGCCUGUUCAAAGUCAUUGAACAAUAUAGGGGGCCUAACAGUCAUUAAAAAGAACAUUAUUCAAGAUUCUUUACUUAAAACUAAAUAUUAAAUAUAGGCCAUCCUCAAGUUCUGCCUGAUACAUUGAUGAAAUAUUGGGAUGACAUUGUGAAGAUAAAUAGUAAAGAAUUAUCAAAUAAAAAUUGCAAUUAUGAUUAAAGGAUUUUUGAUUUUCUGUUAACCCAGUUCUUUUAGAUUAAGAUAACAAGAUCACCGACUAUGGUAUAUGUGUCAGAACGUGCGCUUAACCUUGAUACUUGAUCUUUUAAACUGGCUUCUUUGCUGAUCAAGUUUAAUCUCUAAUAUACUCUUGACGGCAACAGGUCAAGAAGAACCUGGAACACCUGAAUAAGAAGGUUGAGAAACAGUUGUGUGAGGAGGAGAACCUGAUACAGGUAGGCCUGUGGCUUCAUUUUUUGAAAAGUUGAUUUAUGUCCAGGGCUAUGGUAAUUAUUGCCUAAGAGUAUAAUAUUUUUCUCUCAAAGUUAUAAUCAUUUUGUCCAAGGGCUAAAAUCAUAUUCUCACAAGGCUAUUCCUAUGGCAUACAUCCUAUGUUGUUGUAAGCUAGAUAUUUUAUGUUUACUGAUCAGCUAUGUAUUUUAUUGUUUAUAGUCACCUAUAUAUUUUAUGUUUAAUGCUCUAAUUGAAUAAUUAUUACAAAACGAAAAACCUUAUCAUAGCCGAACAUUUAUUAAAUCCCUACUAUUGCUUAGCCAACUAUUUUGUAAUGUUUUAAUUCAUUGGCCCACAAUUACCGCUAUCUAAUGUUCCAUGUGAUGUCCCCCUGUUCCCCAGGUUGUCUGGCAUGAGAUGCAGGACUUGUUCAUCAACCAGUACAAGUAUUACGACAACCUGAUGAAGAAAUGCUACCCAGACUCCAACAUAACAUUAGACUUCACCAUCGAGCACGUGCUCCAGUUUUUCUCCGACAUCGCCCAGUCUCACUGAAUCAGGCUGUUUCUUUGUCUUGUGUACAAACUUGUGUUACCGGUAUUAUGAGCAGUUGCAUUCCUGCAAACAUUGUGAUAGCUUAAUUAUAAGUGGAUCUGCAUAUACUUCCAACUUCAAAAUGAACAAAAUCUGUGUCUGCUUGCCUCCUGCUACAUUAGACCCAAGUCCAAGUGUUUGUAUUUAUUUAAUUUUUUUUACAAAGAAGGUGUAUCCGCCAUUUGGCUGAAAAACAAGCAAGUUUUCAUUCAACACAUAUUUAUCAUUAUAUAUAUAUAUUUUUUUUGUGUGUUAUUUUUUUUAUUUAUUUUAACGUGUUUCUCAGUUUUAAUUGGAAGCAGGACAAAGUAAGCAGUUGGACUACAUUUUUCAAAAUUAUAUGUGCCUGUUGGAAGAUGAAGUGGAACUGUGGCUCCCAGUAUCUAAAAUAAUAUAACUUUAAUUUCAUUUGCUUUCAAUUUAUUUGCAGUUUUUAUUAUAAAGCUGCAUGUCGCAUGCGCUGUGUUUACCAUUAUAUUUUCAUUGUUACUAUUAGUUGAGUACCAUGUCCUCAAUACCUUGUGUGGCUGCGUUGGAUUAGAAAUAUCAGUUGGAUAACCAUCUUCUCUGAGCCUACGUCUUAUUAUUUUACUUUAGAUAUUCCCUUUCCAAUGGGCCUAAGGCUUCUAAAAUAUCUAUGCAGUGGGGCAUUUUGCCAUUGGUAAAGUACAAUCAGGAGAAUUAACGUUUGUAUUCCUUCAAUGGUGCAACUUGUGUGGAAGAAAUUUGAAGACUUGCGGUGCAAUCUUUAUCAAUUCCUAAUUGUGCAUAUUGUAUCUAAGAAGCUUAAAGAUAGACGACAGCGACAGCAUCGAGACAGCAGUGAGCUAAGCCAGUGUACAGAACUGAAACAUUGAUGUGUGAUCCCAUAUUAAAUCAAAACUCAACCCACCAUUA